AUGAGUGAAACUAUAUCCCUAACCAAGGGAGAGCAAAAGGAGGAACUCACCCUCAAGGAAAUCCGCGAUGCCAUCCCCGCGCACUGCUUCGACCGCUCCCUCUUCAUCUCCUGCGCCUACGUAGUCCGCGACUUCAUCUACGCCGGAAUCCUCUUCUACCUCGCCCUGCAGAUCGACUACCUCCCGUCCCUGCCUCUGCGCGUCCUCGCCUGGAUCCUCUACGGCUUCUUCCAGGGCUGCACCGGCACCGGAAUCUGGAUCCUCGCCCACGAGUGUGGCCACGGCGCCUUCUCCCCGUACCAACGCAUCAACGAUGUCAUCGGCUGGGCGCUGCACUCCAUCCUGCUCGUCCCCUACUUCUCCUGGAAGAUCACGCACGCGCGCCACCACCGCUACACAAACAACACGGAAAAGGACACGGCGUUUGUUCCCUGGACCGAGAAGGACAUCGCGGGCAAGGCCAGCUACCUCCCCGAGUGGCUCGAGAUGCUCGAGGACACCCCCAUCUACUCGUUCGUCAGCCUGCUCGCGCACCAGCUCGCCGGGUGGCAGACGUACCUGCUUUUCAAUGUGACUGCGGGAACCAAGAGCCGUCCGAUCCAGGGCAAGCGCACGGGCUGGUUCCAGACGAACAGCCACUUUGAUCCCACGGGGUCGCUGUGGACCGAGUCGCAGCGCCAUCUCAUUGCCAUUUCUGAUCUCGGUCUGCUUCUUAUGGGUGCGGCCGUCUGGUACCUCAGUCAGCAGGUUGGUCUGCUCAAGACUUUCCUCAUCUACGUUGUUCCCUACCUCUGGGUGCACCACUGGCUCGUCGCAAUCACCUACCUCCACCACACACACAAGGACAUCCCGCACUACACAAACGAAAGCUGGACGUUCACGCGCGGCGCGCUCAGCACCGUUGACCGCGACUUUGGCUUCAUCGGUCGCCACUUCUUCCACCACAUCAUCGACCACCACGUCGUGCACCACCUGUUCUCGCGCAUCCCCUUCUACCGCGCCGAGGAGGCGACGAAUGCGAUCAUCCCUGUCCUCGGCGAGCAGUACCAUCGCGAUGACUCUGGGUUCAUGCGCAGUCUUGUGCGCACUUGGGGCGAGUGUACGCAUGUUGGCGAUGUUAGUGGGAAGAGGGAUGGGGUGCUUCAUUGGGUUUUGCCGAAGAAGGUCGAGUAA